GGCGGGACCAGCGCAAGAGCUCCGAAGAGAAAGCCGAGAGUGAAGUCCGACUGUCGGUUCAUUGUUUCCGUGUCCCUCUCACCUCCGCGCCUGUCUCACUGACGGCUGCCCCAAGACAGGUGUUUCCCAGUCCGAGACAACUUCGCGCCGACACACGCAAACAUGGAGAUAGAGAAGGAAGUAAAGAAGAUGACGCUGGGCCACGAGUUUGGCGCCGGAGCAGCCUGUUUGAAAUGCAAGGACAAGUGCGAAGGCUUUGAGCUGCAUUUCUGGAGGAAAAUCUGCCGAAAUUGCAAAUGUGGCCUCACAGAGCACGAUGUGGCGAUGAACUCAGAGGAGAACAAGAAGGUAGGCAAGUUGUUCGAAGACACCAAAUACACUGGCCUCAUCGCCAAGCUGAAGACCGACGGCAUCCCCAGUUACAAGGGAAACAUGGUGACCAUCACUCUGCCCAGCUCGGCCACUGCUUACGCCGUACCACCGAGUUCCUCUUCCUCUGUUGUUCCCCCCUCUGCCCCGGCUGUUCCUGUACGGCCUGCUGGAGCCUCUGCAGCUGCAGCAUCCAUCAGAGGUCAGGCACAGGUUCAGCCUAAACCGGCACCUGCAAGUGUCGCACCAGUCAAGGCAAAUAAAUUGCCGUUCACUGUCAGUGCCACAUCAGCCAAUGUGAUGCCAGUUCCCAAAGAUGUGCCAAUGAAGUCUGUCACCUAUGAGUGGGCACCGCCAGUAGCUAAUAAAUACAUGGCUGUGCGUUACAUCGAGCUGCUUCCACCAGAGAAGCGACCGGUGUUCGGUACAGAGGGAGCGGUUUACCGUCGGCAGCAAAUGGCCCUACAGCUGCCCGAGCAUGACCAGGACCCGUCCAAAUGCCAUGAACUGACUCCUGCCGAGGUCAAGCAAAUGCAACAGUUCGUCCGCAAAUACAAGGAUGAGGCCCUGGGCGUUGGAGAUGUUAUCCUGCCUGAAGAGAUGGCUCUAGUUCAAGCUGGAGGGCAGGGGGGAGCUGGAAGUGUUGGGACUGGAGGUGUCGGGGCUGGAAGUGCACAUGGUGCUGGUGCUGGAGGUGUCGGGGCUGGAGGUGCACAUGGUGCUGGUGCUGGAGGUGUCGGGGCUGUAGGUGCACAUGGUGCUGGUACUGGAGGUGUCGGGGCCGGAGGUGCACAUGGUGCUGGUCCUGGUGCUGGUGAUGGAGGGGCUGGUUUUAGACCGGAAGUUGGGAUUGCUGGAGCUGGCUCAGGGCAAGGGGCUGCAGGCAGGGGUGUCGGGCCUAUUUGUGGGCCUGGAGCUAGUGGUGCUGGAUUUGGAGCUGGUGGUGCUGGAGCUGGUGGUGCUGGAUUUGGAGCUGGUGGUGCUGGAUCUGGUGGUGCUGGAUUUGGAGCUGGUGGUGCUGGUCAACUCUCAGGUACUGGGACUGGACCAUCUGCUGGAGGAGCCUUGGGCACUGCUGCCACCGCUGGAGCCAUGGGCCUCCCUGGAGCACAGCAGGCUGGGGUACCACAGAGGAACUUUUCAUGCCAUCACUGCCAGCUCCCGAUGGGUCUGGGCGAGCCGGCCGUCUACGCCGAGCGGGCUGGUUACGACAAGCUUUGGCACCCAGCAUGCUUUGUGUGUUGUAAGUGCAAUGAACUACUGGUGGACAUGAUUUACUUCUAUAAGAAAGGCAAGCUGUACUGUGGACGCCACUAUGGAGACAGUGAGAAGCCACGCUGUGGAGGAUGUGACGAGCUGAUCUUCAGUAAUGAGUACACUCAGGCUGAGGAACAGAACUGGCAUCUUAAGCACUUCUGCUGUUUCGACUGUGACUGCAUCCUCGCUGGUGAGACGUAUGUGAUGGAGAAUGAAAAGCCUGUCUGCAGGCCCUGCUACAUGAAGAACUAUGCUGUGAAAUGCUCAGCCUGCCAGGCUGCGAUGGAGCCCGAGGCUCAGAGGGUGUCCUACGGCGAGCACCAAUGGCACGCUGCGCCACAGUGCUUCAAGUGCUCCGGCUGUUCCAAGUGCCUGGUCGGCCAACGCUUCAUGGCACAGCAGGGCUUCCUCUUCUGCUCUGUGGAGUGCAAGAAGAAAACCAUGGCUUAGAGGAACCAGGACAGGUUUGACUAAGACCCGAGCAAGAGCAGGGAAAAUCUAACAAUGGCGCCACUGUGCAAGGUCAGAGAUUGUAGUUGUGUUAACAUUAACAUAGACUGCCUAAAACCUCUAAUAUAGAGAUGUACUAUAUUUACAAGGCCAUUUGCAUGGGGGUGGGUUUUUCAUCUAUGAAAGACCACAGUGUUGAUAAAUCAGUCUAAACCAGGAUGACACCUUAACCUAUUCUGUCCACUAUGUUCUUUGCCUUAAAAACCAGCGAUCUCCCUUUUAAUAAGUAUUUUCUUUGUACUGUGUUUUUUAUACUGAUGAGAUUAAUUUUGUAUUGGUUAGAGGUGACAGUCCAGUUAGUUAAUGUUAAACCCGUGUCUGUUCAAUGGCAGCAAUGUUCUACUCCUAAAUCUUUGAUUUAAUCUGCCACAUCUGAUUCCCACCCUCUAUGCAGCGAUAUAUGUUCAGCUCUAUCAGUCAGGUUUGGUGUUGAUUUGCUUCCAGUGCCUUGUUCCGGAUCAAAUUUAAAAGUAAGAAUAAUAAUGGGCAAACUUUAUUCUCUAAUAAUUAUGCAGCAAAUUUCAAGCGCUUUAACUGAAGAAAUAAAUAAAUAAAUUUGGAUAUAAGUGAAAUAACUGGAAGUAAAUGGCCUCAACUCUGACAGCAAUAAAGGCUUAAAGCAGCCACCUGGUUAGAGACCAUCGCAAUGUGUGGUGUGGUAGUAUUUUCUAGGGCCUGAUCGUUUUAUUAAAAUUGGCAAGAUGUAAUUUUCAAACCCUCGUGAAAAAAGAAAUGUAAGUGAGCUUGAAUUUAAAACUUAACAAUAAUAAACGUUAUUCUAAAUAACAAUAAAUAAAAAUAAAACUCUAAAAUACAAUAUAUAGAACUGAUAAAGAAGAGAUUUUUUGAAUAAAUGCACAAAUGUUCAGCAUUUUUUUCACAUGGGCAAACAUGAUUACGGCCACACAGUAAAUUGGUCAGGCUCUAGUAUUUUCAUGUUAUCUCAAGCGAACCAAACAAUGUGAUGGUAUGUGGUGCUCAGGUAUAUGAGAGGUAUUUCUAAUAUCAUUUCCAUUAAUGUAUGUUAAUGUGGCUUACAAAAAUGCACAAAGAUUGUUGCGAUACUCUCAGACGGCAAUCACUUUUAUAUAAUGCAAUUGCAACACCAUGUAGUUUAAUAUACAACAAUACCAUAAAUUGCAUCCUCAUAAAAAGCAGUUUCCCACUGAUCUAAUGCAGUCUUUAGGUGGUCUUCACAAAUAUUCAACUACCGCAUUAUGAUUGCAUUUGAUUGCACUGGUGUUUUCUUUAUGUAUUCUAUAUUUGCUUUCUAAGAUGCUAAAUAUAGAUAUUACAUUAAAAGGAUAGUUCAUCCAUAACUGAAAACUCCCGCAUUAUCUACUCCCCUUGACGUUCACGGUGUUUAAGUCUAAACAAAACGUUAGGAGUCUCAGGUGAAAACAGUGUUGCAGCCAAAUCCAAGUAAAUGCUGACCACUUCUCCACUCGAAAAACUACGUGGUGGUAUCAUCCAAGUGUCUCUAAACCCCGGCAUUUAAAUUUCACGAAACUAGUUAGAUUACAAGCUUAUUACUUUUAGCCAAAUGUCUGCUGAUUUCCUCUUCCAGACGUGUGCAUCACGUUAAAAGGUCACUUGGUUGAUUUUAUAUCAGCACAGUGGUGAGUAGAUAAUGAGGGAAUUUAAACGUUUGGAUGAACUAUUUCUUUAAGCAUAAAUCAAAGGGAUAAACAAAUCAAACAUGGACUAAAGAAAAUAUGUAUUGUCCCCCUGCAAUUACUUAGGAUUUUCCAGACCUGUUUUUGUUCAGGUCUGCUUGUGUCACUGGCCCCACAAUAGAUAUAAACACUGAAAUGCCAGGUGUCACAUAGGAGGAACAGCAGGUUUGACAUGGUUCCCAAAGACUUCAUGAAAUAAGGAAAAACACUGUAACACAUCAAACUUGUUUGCGCCAAGGAUUUUCCCUUUCAUGCAAUAAACUGCACUUUAAAAACUAAA